AUGACCAUGCUGAUCUGUCUUUACAGACAGGCCUGAGAGGUGCCCUUCAGAGCUACCACUGGAAAACACAACUGAAAUGCAGUAGUACUCUGCCUGUCUCUCUGACUGAAAUAAGCAACGUGCUCACUGUGAACAGACGUUUCAGCACUUCACAGUCGUCAGUGGAUUCAAAGGAAAUGAAAAAAUUCCAGCUCCUCGCCCAUAAGUGGUGGGAUGAAGAAGGAGAAUAUUCAGCCCUUCAUUCUAUGAAUGAUCUUAGAGUGCCAUUUAUUAGGGACACUCUGCUGAGCAUGAGUAGUAACUAUCAUCUGGGAAAUCCACUCUCUGGAGUAAAGAUUCUCGACGUUGGCUGUGGUGGUGGACUGCUAAGUGAGCCUCUAGGUAGACUGGGAGCUUCAGUUACCGGAAUUGAUCCUCUGGAGGACAACAUUAGAACAGCAGAUCGGCACAAGUCAUUUGAUCCGGUCCUGGCCACGAGAAUACGGUACAAGUCCAGUUCACUGGAGGAGAUUGUGGAAGGGUCUAUGGAAACCUUUGAUGUAAUCGUAGCUUCUGAAGUCGUGGAGCAUGUGGCUGACCUUGAAAUGUUUAUCAAGUGUUGCUCUCAGGUGUUGAAGCCUGAAGGUUCUUUAUUUAUUACUACAAUCAACAAAACACAGUUGUCCUAUGUCCUGGGAAUUGUGGUUGCAGAGAAGAUAAUGGGCAUUGUCCCAGAAGGAACGCAUGAGUGGGAGAAGUUUGUUCCCCCUGAGGAGCUGGAGCGCCUCCUGGAAUCGAAUGGUUUUUCAGUCAAGACUGUGAAUGGGAUGUUGUAUAAUCCCCUCUCGGGGUCGUGGAGCUGGAUGGAAAACACGAGCAUUAACUAUGCCGUACACGCUGUGAAGUCUGGGGCUCAGGGACACUCAGGCCCCACAGACGCCCCAUCAGAGGGGGACAGAGAGCAGCGCCCAGCCACAGCCGACACUACCGUGUGA